UCCCGGCAGUAACAUGGCAGCCAGGGCAGGAGAGGGAGGAAGUUUUGAAGUGUUAGCAGAGCUCCAGUCACUGCCAUGAGCCCGGGCCGCUGGAGCUACAGCCGAGCCGGCGGGGACCCCGCACUGUCCUGCAGCAGCUCAGCCCUGAGAUAUGAAAAUGCUCGGCAUGUACGUGCCAGACAGGUUUUCCUUGAAAUCGUCCAAGGUGCAAGAAGGGAUCGGGCUGUACACUGCCAGACGAGUAAAAAAGGGAGAAAAGUUUGGGCCCUUUGCUGGGGAGAAGAGAAUGCCCCUUGAACUGGAUGAAACCAUGGAUCCCAGGCUGAUGUGGGAGGUACGUGGGAGUAAAGGAGAAGUGCUCUACAUCCUGGAUGCCAGCAAUCCACGGCAUUCAAAUUGGCUGCGUUUUGUCCAUCAGGCUCCCACACAAGAGCACAAGAAUCUGGCUGCUAUUCAGGAAGGAGAGAACAUCUUUUAUUUGGCCGUAGAUGACAUUGAAACAGACACAGAACUACUGAUCGGUUACUUGGAUAGCGAUAUGGAGGAAAUAGAAGAGGAAGAAGAGGAAGAAAUAGUCAACAAAGACGAUGAAGAAAAUUCCAAAGAGAUACAGCCAGCUAGUGAUAAAGAAACUUUGAGUAGUAAAGAAGACUAUGCUUGUCCCCAUUGUGAGAGCAGUUUUCGAAGCCAGGAGAUUCUGGCUGAACACCUGCAGACUCUACACCAGAAGCCAAGCGAAGAAAAAGAAUUCAAGUGCAGAAACUGUGGGAAGAAAUUCCCUGUGAAACAGGCUUUGCAGAGACAUGUUCUACAGUGCACAGAAAAUGUUAUUCCUGGAGACCCUUCGCAAAGUUAUCAAUGUGCAGUCUGCAGUACCUCCUUCAGCUCCGAGUCAAGUUUUGAGCAGCAUAAAGAAGCCUGCAAAGGGGAUGCCAGGUUUGUUUGCAAGGCUGACAGCUGCGGGAAAAGGUUCAAGAGCAAAGAUGCCCUGAAGAAACACAAAGAAAAUGUACACACAGGAAACUCUCGGAGGCGGCUGAUGUGCUCCGUGUGCAAUAAGAAGUGCUCGUCGGCUGCAAACCUACAGGAGCAUCGAAAGGUUCAUGAAGUCUUCGACUGCCAGGAGUGUGACAAAAAAUUCAUAUCAGCAAACCAACUGAAGCGCCAUAUGAUUACGCAUUCAGAGAAACGCCCUUACACCUGUGAAGUCUGCAGCAAGUCUUUCAAGCGUCUUGAUCAAGUGACUGCACAUAAAAUUAUCCACAGUGAGGACAAACCUUACAAGUGCAAACUUUGUGGAAAGGGUUUUGCCCACAGAAAUGUAUACAAGAAUCAUAAAAAGCACAAGGACCUGGGGAACAUCUGCAUAUUGACACACUCAGAAGAGAGACCUUUCCAGUGUGAAGAGUGUAAGGCUCUGUUUCGGACUCCCUUCUCCCUACAGAGGCAUCUCCUCAUACAUAACAGUGAGCGAACCUUUAAAUGUGAUCACUGUGAUGCAACAUUCAAGAGGAAGGACACUUUAAACGUUCACAUUCAAGUGGUGCACGAUGGGCACAAGAAAUACAAAUGUGAUCUGUGUGACAAAGCCUUUGUGACACCCUCCGUGUUAAAGAGUCAUAAAAAGACACAUACUGGGGAGAAGGAGAAGAUCUGUCCAUACUGCGGCCAGAAGUUUGCCAGUAAUGGGACCUUGCGGGUUCACAUUCGAAGCCAUACAGGUGAGCGCCCCUACCAGUGUCCCUACUGUGACAAAGCCUUCAGCAAGAAUGAUGGAUUAAAGAUGCACAUUCGAACACACACAAGGGAAAAACCUUACCAAUGUUCAGAGUGCAACAAGGCUUUUAGUCAAAAGCGAGGCCUAGAUGAACACAUGAGGACUCACACAGGAGAAAAACCAUUCCAAUGUGAUGUCUGUGACUUAUCCUUCAGCCUGAAGAAAAUGCUGAUUAGGCACAAGCUGACACACAACCCUAAUCGGCCGAUGGCAGAAUGCCAGCUCUGCCACAAGAAGUUUACAAGAAAUGACUACCUCAAGGUUCACAUGGAAAAUGUGCAUGGAGAAUCAGACAGCUAAAUCUCUGAUUUUUCAUUGCUUUGGAGCCGUUCAAAAUUCCUGGCGUUGGACGAUUUAUUGCUCGCACUGUGGCUGACUUCUGCUGUCAGCAUGACUUGAAUGCUUUGCCUUCUCGAAAUGUCUGUUACAAGGGCGUGAUGAGUGUUCUUCAACAGUUAAUAGGUGUUGUUUUGCUGAACAUGACAGCCUGCUGAGAAGGGAGAAUAUAGGAUCUGACAGUCCUGUCCUUGUUAAUUGUGCAGAAAAUGUUGGUGUGAGUAAAUGGGUGGAAUGUUGGGAGAUCAUAGCAAUGGACAGAAUCUGCUUAUUGCCAUUCUCACCAUUGCUGCCUUGAGAAAACUGUCUGAAAUGGGAAGGGAAAGAAAAGGCUAAUUCAGCUUCUUAAGACCAUAUUAAAGGACAUUAAAGUGGAAAUUUUGCACAGUUACACAGCUAGAAAAGGUACAUCAAAAGGUAUUCUACUCCAGCUGAGCCUUAGCAUCAGUGAGCUUAAUGAAAGGGAACAAUUGGAAGUAUCCCCACAGUUUUGAGAGGUCAAUAGCCCAAGCAAGGGUCGAUCAGCUUUGAUAGGGAUAUUGCAAUGGAGAAGAGGGAAGGGGAUAUUGCAAUGGAGGGCAUAGGAAGCACAUUAUUUGAGCCAAUUACUAGAUCCAAGAACAGGUCUAUAUAAUAGUAUCUUAACCUGACCGUAGACAAAGGCCUUGGAUGCUGUGCUCUCAGAGGCACUGACUAUUAUCACUGGUUAAGGAGUUGUGUCAUCCAGUUGUACCUGUAUUACUCCAAGCAUGCCAUUCACAGGAGACAAUCAUCUUCAGGCACCUCAUGAUCUGAGAGAGUAUAGAACAAUAGGUGCUGCAGAUGUGUCAUUAAUGGAUAAUAUUUUUAUUAAUGUUUAAGAAAUCACAGGAUAAAAUUUGCAGGAUUCCUAAACACAAUCCUUAAGUAAAGAAAGGAAUAACUCAUUUAGGAAUCCCAGAAACUUUACUCCCACAUUUCUCAUAUCCAAUUUGGGAAUAUCAAGCCCUAAUGUGGUAAAGUGUUUCAUGGGAAAAAAAUAUCAACUGUCUUUGCUUCCAUGUUUCGCACACAAAGAAAGGUCAGGUCCGCAGGAUUUAAAAUUCCACACUUCAUAGCAAGGAGUUUAGAUUACAUCAGGUUGGCACACAUAGGGUUGUUACUGCAACAUUCAAAAACGUACACAUUUUAGACUUUGUGGACAUGUGAGAAGUGUGACGUGUGAAAAUUGAAUAUCAUUAUUAUCUCAGCCAAUAUCUUGCUGUAGUGAGCAGCUCUCCCUCUCACCACUUUCAGCCCAAUGCUUAGCCCCCAAGCUGGCCUGUUGCCAUUGUUAGACUUUAUGUCUAUGGUAUCAGUGUUGGUUCCUGGAAAAUUUGUUUAACUCAAAGUUCCAAAGAUGAUUUUCACAUGUCACAUUUUUCACCCACUCUCUUAUUUUCAAACACUUUAUACAGUACCAGAUAUGUUGUACAAUCUAUUUUAACCAUGCGACUGCCAGUAGAGUUCUAAACACAUUUUAUGAUACAGAAAAAUCCCCUAUUACAAUAAUAGUUUAGAUCUUAA